GCAGGGGCAUGGGGAGGCCGCCCCCCCUCCGCUCCCUGCCCGCAGGAGCCGGCGGCGGUCCCGGGCUCGGGCUCGUCCCCGCCGCCGCGUUGGGUCUGGCGGUGGGUUUUGGUGGCAUCUCUCCGUUUCGUUUUUAUUAUUUUUUAAGCCUAAAGGGGUGGUAGUUUGCCGGCAGAAGAGGAAUAAAUGACCCCCCCCCCCCCCUCCCUUCCGUACGUGUUGUGGGUGCUGGGUCCGUGAAUGCGAUUCCUCGGGAGAUUAAAGUCUAAUUUAAAGCGUGCUGGAAAACGCUGGCUCCUGCCGUAAUAGUAAUAGCGAUAAUAAUAAAAUGACAGAAUUGGGAGCGAUUUGCGUGCUAUUGAAGAGGAGGAAUUGCUGAAGAGUAAUAAUAGAAAAGAAAACAAGUCGGAAGCCCGUUAUAUAAUGCACUGUGUAGAUAACAAGAACGACAGGCUAUUUUUAUUUUGUUUACCGUAUGCCGUGUAAUAGGGACUCCUCCAAGCAGCAUCUCUCUCCCCCGAGCCCGAGCUCCGGCUAGGAUCGGGCAAAAUUCGGAUCGUUCCUCCUGUGCCCAGCUGGAGAAACUCGGGUUUGUAAAAUGUUCACCCUCGCAAACGUUUUCUUUGUGCGGAUGGGGAAUUGUGCAGGUACAUGACCUUUGCUUGGAGACCUUCUCCGUUUCACAUGGUAAAGAAAUUCAUAUUUUGCAAGGCAGGUUACACUUUAACCUUUAAUGCUCACGGUUAUGUGUUUUAUGCAGUAAGGGUUACUUUACGUGUCAGAUGUGGUCAGGCGUAGUGAGUUGCUUUGCUUACAUACUGGGAAGUCAAGGACUUUUAAUUUCAGUUUCGAACGAAGCCUUCCACUACAGGAAAAUCCAGGCUUCGCCUUCAUCCCUUUCUGCUCGGCUGGUGCAGGCGGUUCAGUUCCCUGGCGAGGGCUAUGAAUGGGGGAGAGGGAAAUUGAGGAUGGCCGAGGAAGGCGCAGUCAUUUUGGAGAUGCUGCGGGGUAAUAGUAAGUUGUAAUCGUGUGCUGUCGCCCCUGAUGUGUCGGUACAAGCCGUCCAGUCGUUGCAGGCAGCUGCUCUUUCCGAAGGGCGGCUUUCCCCGUCCCCUCUUACAUGCCGCAGAGGCUGAGAGCUGCUCCUCCGCGCCCGCCGGUCCGUCUGUCUGUCUGUCUCGUCAUGCAGCUACAUGUCAGCGGUGUAGGCUUGCAGCGCUUACUCCAGCCCUGAUCAGUCAUGUAAUUAGAUCAGGCUGCCAUGGUAACAGACAGGAUUCCUCGUCCAUUCAGGUGUGCGUGCGUGGCGUGUGCCCGGGCUACCUCAAGCCCUGCGUGCGCCGUGUUUGUGCUGCGCGGCCGCCUCGGCUGCUGGCUUGCCCUUGCAGAAAAUUGAAGGAUGCCGGCGAUCGUUUCCCGAUGGCUGAACUUCUCGGGAAGGGUGUUCUCCGCGUACCCAGUGGUAUCGGGCGGAUCAGGCGGCGUGUGGCGUGCUUAUCAAGUUAGCUAAAUCCUCAGCUCCGCUUGCUUGCCUUCGCUGCUAGCAAAUUAACAAAGGUGUGGUGCUCUGUAAGAAUGCACCUCGCUUAUAAAAGCUCGCAUAAAACUUUCCUCGGAGUUUCCCUUUCUCCGCGGCUGGCUCUUUUAACCGUUCAGUGGCUGCAGUCGGUCGGAAGUUUGUGGCAGCUCCCAUCCAAGCGCUGGGAUUUUAGGCCACAGCCUUGGAGUUCUCCGCUCACGUGCAAGGUGCUGAGCACGUUCUGGCCAGUGAAAUUAAAACUGGUAAUAUCAGCUACCUCUAUCGGCACUCACAGCUGCUAGGUCUCUCUGUGGUUCUCAGAGAGCACAGGGCCCUUUUAUGUUUUAGGUGAAAUAUCAUUUUUCUCGUGAUUAAAAAUCCCAAGGAGUAUAUAGUAUUAAAACCAAUUUUCUUGUCAACAAAUAAUUCAUUUCCGAUAUUCUGAUUUUUUUUUGCCUUUUUUUUCCAUUUGUGCUCAUCUAAAUAUUAUAGCAGUAGAACAAGAGACUUUCUGCCCCAAAGUUUGUAAUGCCUUGAAAAAAUAUGCAGUCUAAUUAGCUUAGAGCUGUGUACUGCUCUUAAAAAUGUGUUUAACCGAGGAAUGUCUGUCUCCGUUCUCAGUGCUAGGGCACCACUAACUUGUGCCACCCUUGCACAAAUGCAGGUAUAAUUUUUUUAAGACACCAAAUUUGGCGCUCUGCUCUAAUGCCGUAAGCCUGGAGCGACUCCAGUGGACUGGCUUGUGAGCCACUUACACGGGUGUAUAUCUAGAAUAACUCCAUUUAUUGGACUUAAUCCAGGCAUGUAGUAGAGUAACAGAGCUCAGAAAGUGAUCUGCUGCGUAUAGCCAUAAUUUUCUCUCUCUCUUUUUACGGCAAAAAGCACUGUGGGCUUUAAUAGGAUUUUUGCCUGAUGAAGGAGCUGCUUCAGCCACGUGCCGAAGCGGCGAACACCUCUCUCCCAGCCACUAAUCUCGUGUGCAUUUACGCUGCUAUGGAGCUUGGCCCGGAGGAUUUCAUGUCUCGAUGAUGAGAAAUCACCGGCGCCCGCAGCUCGUAGUACCAGGCAGGAGCGUAACGCUGCCCAGAACCGUCUCAGCGAAACAGGUAUUUUUAACAGCGCUGGGCUUGCAGCGGCGCACUUGGAGGACGAAGGAGGAACGCCCGCCAGCGGCUCGGCUCCUGCGGUGGCCGGCAGUCCCUGUGCAGCGAGCUGGCAGGUCUCAGCCCGGAGGCAUUUCUCCUCAGAGGGGCGAGAGCAUGGAUAGGCAGUUUCAUACACCGAAGGGCAGCCUUGACUAACUUGCCCUCCGUGCUAGGAAGGAAUAUCCUCCCCUCUGCACGGCCGCCUCCGCUACGGGCCACCGUGCCGAGGGGGUGGCUGGAAAUAGAAGAGCCUGCUAGGGGGACCGGCUGCAGAAAGUGAAAUAAUCGCACGCAGCACGGCUCCUGUACAGUGAGCCGCUGCCUGCCUCGUGCUGCUUAUACAUAUUUUAUUGUAAGACAAAUUACCUGUGUGACUAAGAGCAUUAGAAAGUAAUUAUUUUCAAAAAGGCCAUAUAUACAGAGUUAAAAGACUUUUUGAAAAUAAACAGUGCAACUCUUCUCUCUUGCCCUUCUGGCCUGAUUUGAUUUAUUCAGAAAGGCUGAAAAAACUAGUCUUAUUUUAAGAUACUCUUACAAGAGACCUGGAAUUUCAUUUAACAAUUUUUUUAUGUAAUAGAUCCAGUGGCCUAGUUUCAUGUUAAUUAAGAAAAUAGGCAUUAAAUGCAGUCACCUGAAAAGCAACUAAUGAUUUAAACAUCAGAAUUUGAAAAUAAUUGUUUUAGCACCAUAGCUAGUAAAGCAAAAUAAAGGCCUAAUUUUCCCCUCGCUGAAGUUGAGCGGCCCGUCUUGGUACAUGGCAGCCAGGAUUGUCAUUGUCAUUGCUCAUGCAGUGUAGUUGCUUUUGUUGUGGUGUACUAAUUGAAGGGGAAAUGCAAUGAAGAAGUAUCGCAGGGCUUAAAGGAAAUGCGUGUCAGAAUUGCAUAGAUGGCCUGACGCGUUCACUGGUUGCAGACCUGCUCCAGUGUGGGAGGCAGCUCGCGCUGGUGCGGGUUGAGAGGAGUCGGACGGUGGGGCAGUCUCAGGCCAGGCACACAGGUUCGGGAUGAGCUCCGAUUUGGGAGACUGUACAGGCACACUGUGUACAAGUCACAGAGUUCAGAUAACAGAUUUAAAUGGAGGUCUCUUUGGAGGCUACCGAAACCACCUCUGCUUUAGCAAAUAAAAAUAUAAUUAGCACGAGGAAUAGAAGUACGACAGGCUUGGCACAGCUUCUGGAUCAAGAGUCACAUCGCAGGCCAAGCCAGACGGGAAAGCAAUACAAGCUGUGAAUUUAUUGUUGACCCCUGUAGCACAGUGACCACCUUUGCUUUUGUUUUCGCCGUACAGAGAUGCACCGUCAAUAAGCGAAAAGGUCAAGAAAAGCAGUAGCUCAGUGGCUGAAUUUUUCAGAAGUGCUUUACAGCAGGGAAAGUGGGGAAACCUCUUAAAGUGGUGUUUUAAUUCAAUCCUGGAGCCCGGGGAAGAGUUUUAAAGCAAAACAUCAGAUAAAAAGGCUGCAACAUCUCACGUGAGAGAGGGGAUAGAAGAAAAGAGACUUACAAUAGCAUCCUGAAACACUCAUAUGGUUUGAGCUCUAUCUCACCUUAUUUGAAAGAGGAAAGCCAGUGAAGCUCUGUGAGCAAUCCAGCAACUUCUGAAAAAUCUUCAUGCUACAGGAUAAUCCAGAAUUCCCUGAAGAAGAACAUAGUGAAUGUUAGUCCAGAGGAGCUGUCGGAGGAUCGUGCUCACAGGGAGAUGAUUCCUCAUGAAGUCACUGGAUCCCUUGCAGAAAUCAAAUGUGACUUUCCGUUUAUCAGACUGAAAUCAGAGCCAGCCAGACAGUGAAGCAAGCACAGUGGAGGGGGGACGGCGAAAGAUGAAAUCCAACCAAGAGCGGAGCAAUGAAUGCCUGCCGCCCAAGAAGCGAGAGAUCCCCGCCACCAGCCUGCCUUCGGAGGUGAAGCCGGUCCUGCCGAACGACAACCACCGCGCGGACAACCUAGCAUGGCUCCCCAGCACGCCCGGCGGCCAGAGCGGCCUGGGGGCCAGGCACAGGCCCGGGGGGACGUCAGCGGAGGUGGGCUUGCAGCAGGGUUUGCACAAGCCGCCGGCGGCGGGGCUGGACUAUUCCCCCCCGAGCGCGCCCAGGUCCGUGCCGGCCCCCACCACGCUUCCCACCGUGUACUCGCCCGCGCUCUCCCAGUCCGGGACCCCCGUCUCCCCCGUGCAGUACACGCACCUGCAGCACACGUUCCAGUUUGUCGGGCCCCAGUACAGCGGACCAUACGCCGGGUUCAUCCCCUCGCAGCUGAUCUCCCCGACCGCCAAUUCGGCAACCGGCGCCGUGGCAGCGGCCACGGCUGUUGCAACCACUCCAUCCCAGCGCUCCCAGCUGGAGGCUUAUUCCACUUUGCUGGCCAGCAUGAGCGGCUUAAGCCAGCAGGGGCACAAAGUCGAGCCGCACCUGGUUAGGACGCCCGGGCUGAUCGCUGCGGGGUCUCCUCCGCCCGCCCAGCAGAACCAGUACGUCCACAUCUCCAGCUCUCCCCAGAGCGCGGUCAGAAACGUCUCUCCUCCAACCAUCCCAGUCCCCCUGCACCCCCACCAGACAGUGAUCCCCCACACGCUCACCCUCGGCCCUUCCUCCCAAGUGGUGGUGCAGUACAGCGACGCCUCGCACUUCGUCACGAGGGACGCCCCCAAGAAGCCCGAGAGCGGCCGGCUGCAGGCGAUGCAGGCCAAGGAGGUACUGAACGGCGAGAUAGAGAAGAGCCGGAGGUACGGCAUUUCGCCCUCUGCCGACAUGGGUCUAGUCAAAGCAGGCAAUAAACCAGCUCCUCACCAUUACGAGACCAGGCACGUAGUAGUGCACCCAAGCCCCGCCGAGUACGGCGCCCGGGAUUCCUCAGGGGUCCGAGCCUCCGUCAUGGUGGUCCCCAACAGCAGCACGCCGACGGCGGACAUGGAGGUGCAGCAGGCCACCAACCGAGAGACCUCUCCCUCAGCCCUCAACGACAAGGGAAGCUUGCACCUAGGAAAGCCGGCCCACCGCUCCUACGCUUUGUCCCCGCAGCAGGCCCUGGGCCACGAGGGGGUGAAGGCGGUGGCCACGCUGUCCCCCCACACCGUCAUCCAGACGACCCACAGCGCCUCCGAGCAGCUCCCCGUCGGGCUGCCGGCGACGGCCUUCUACGCCGGGACCCAGCCGCCGGUGAUCGGCUACCUGAGCGGCCAGCAGCAAGCGCUGGGGUACCCCGGGGGGCUGCCCCAGCACCUGGUGAUCCCCGGCACGCAGCCCCUGCUCAUACCGGUUGGCAGCGCCGACGUCGAGCCGUCGGGCGUCGCGCCGGCGAUAGUCACCUCGUCUCCCCAGUUCGCAGCAGUGCCUCACACAUUCGUCACCACCGCCGUCCCCAAGAGCGAGGCUUUCAGCGCCGAGCCCCACACCACCCAGCCCGCCUACCAGGCCACCAUGGUGCAGGCGCAGAUCCACCUCCCCGUGGUGCAGUCCAUCGCCUCCCCCGCUGCGGCUCCCCCCACGCUGCCCCCCUACUUCAUGAAGGGGUCGAUCAUUCAGCUGGCCAACGGGGAGCUGAAGAAAGUAGAGGACUUGAAAACGGAAGACUUCAUUCAGAGCGCGGAAAUUAGCAAUGACCUGAAAAUAGACUCCAGCACUGUGGAGAGGAUCGAAGACAGCCAUAACCCAGGCAUUGCUGUGAUACAGUUUGCGGUUGGAGAGCAUCGCGCACAGGUCAGCGUGGAGGUCCUGGUAGAAUACCCUUUUUUUGUAUUUGGACAAGGCUGGUCAUCCUGCUGCCCCGAGAGAACCAGCCAGCUCUUUGAUUUGCCAUGCUCCAAACUCUCUGUGGGGGAUGUCUGCAUAUCGCUUACGCUCAAGAACCUGAAGAACGGCUCUAUUAAAAAGGGCCAGCCCAUGGACUCAGCUAGUAUCUUGCUGAAGCAUUCAAAGAAUGACAGUCUAGCUGGAAGUAGACACAGGUAUGCGGAGCAGGAAAAUGGGAUUAAUCAGGGAAGUGCACAGAUGUUAGCUGAGAAUGGUGAACUGAAGUUUCCGGACAAAAUAGGAUUGCCUGCAGCACCUUUGCUCACCAAAACAGAACCCAGCAAGCCCCCGGCAACGAGGAAGAGGAGGUGGUCAGCCCCCGAAACACGAAAACUAGAGAAAUCAGAAGAGGAGCCACCUUUGACUCUUCCCAAGCCUUCUUUUAUUCCUCAGGAGGUUAAGAUUUGCAUUGAAGGUCGAUCCAAUGUAGGAAAGUAAAAGUUGUUUGGGGAAAGGAAAUUAGGCUAUCCCUUGUCAUUUUUAUCCAGAUUACUGUACUGUAGACUAAAUAACCCAGUAUUUACAUGUUAUCAUCUUAUUUUAGGUUUAUGUUAUAACCUUGUUGUUAUAGUUGCAGCUGGUAUUAUGCAGGAGACUGGUGCAUAUGUUUUUCCACAAGUGUUUGUCAGUGACUAGGUUUCUUGAGAGCUACAGAAGGGGCAGUAUCUGCUUCACACACCCUUAGUGGAAAUGAAUGUGUUGUCAUGGCUCCUGUUUUCUAACACCUCGUGUAGGACAGGGUCCAGCUGUGAUUUUUUUUCUUUUUGUCGUCAUUAUUUUUUGUUUUUUUUUUUUCCUUGUUUUGGUUCCUGUUCUAGGUUUUUUUGGGGGGGAGGUGAGGAGAAGGGAACUGUAGCAGAGGUGUGUGUCACGCAUGGUGUGUGUGUGCGUGCGCCCGUCCCGAGGAGGGACCGUGAAGAGGUUUUCUGGCCCCAGGUGAAUGCUGAGGACACAACCCACAGAUGUUACCGAAAAGGAUCAGACAGUCUCUGACAUUGUCAACAAUAAGCCAACUCUCGCUCAAGGCUCUACGGUAUAUAUAUAUAUAUAUAUGUGUGUAUAUAUAUAUAUAUAUUUGUGUGUGUGUAUUUGUAUAUAUAUAUUUCCCCCCAUGGGGUCUGACUGCACUGAUUUUUACUCACAAAGCAACUGCCACACCAACAUUUCCCUUCUGCUUGCUCGUGCAGUCCGGUGCUGGGAGGCCACACACACACGGAGCGGCUGUCCUCUGCGCCAUUCACCCCGCGGGCUCCUCCCGGCAGCGUGGCGGGCACGCCUGGGUGCGUGUGGGUGUGCGUGGGUGUGCGCAGGGAGCCCUCCAGCUCGCUGGACGUGCCCGGCUCGGGCGCACUCCUGUUUCUGUGCAGUGUUAGACAAAUCCAUCGGGUUAACGCCAUGGACAUUUGCUUCCACGAGGGAGACGCAUACUGCCCCUUUGAGAUCACAGGCAUACAUCGUUUGCAGUUAGGUUGCAGAUCUUUGUCUUUAACUCUAGUACUGUUUUUGGUUCAUGAUUAUGGACAACCCGUGCCACUUUUUUCAAAUUUCAGUGUGACACAGGAACCUGAUGUUGAAGAUGAACGUAGAAUGUCUUUAAGCACUUAAAAUGCUGUUCACACUUUAUUGCUGAGCAUCCUGGUCUAACACUCAGUACGUACUGUAUCUCACUUUAAUCUGCUCGGAAAACAGCAGCAGCAAACAAAUUAAUCUCUUCAACACUGUAACUACAUGCAACUAUGUAAAGUUUUCUCACAAGCAAGAUGCUGAAAGUUUCAAUGUGGUUUCAAAGGGAUGAAUGUGAAUUAUUGAACUAGUAUGUGACAGUCAUUGUCCACAAAGGACUACUUAAUAGGAGGCACUUUUUAAACUUUAAUGCUUGAGAAAGAGUUAAAGGCAUAUGCGAGCUGACAGAUAAUAAAAGAAUAAGAGAAAGGAAAAAGGAAAGAGAAAAAAAAAAUCAUUGUCCAGUGUUUUUGAAAAAAGAUGGACUUUAAAGAAUCUUGCAAUUUGCACAUCUUGAGUUUAUCAUUUGUGUGGUAUUCCUGCAGUUUUUACCUAAUAAUGUUAUGGGUUGGGGGGGGUCUGAAAGAGCAUAAACAAAUGUAGCAAUUACUCACUAACCUGCCUACGCUCUAGGCCAUUUCAUAGGGUUAUUGUUCCUUUCAAAGUUCAUUUUCGGUCUUUCUACCGUAUCUGCCACACAGAACCUAACACAGGUCCUACCGGGACAGCUCUGAGAAUUUGUCUUCAGACUUGCUGAGAGAGUUUUCCACAAGAAACAUUUCUAUACAUAAGCAAGGUGUUUGUUUGUUUUUAAAACAAACCUAUUGUUAUUUUAUUAUUAUUAUUAUUUGUUAUUUUAAUUGCAUUGUUUUCCAUUUGAAAGACUAGAUUUAAGAGUUUGGUACAAAACAAGUUCGGGGGGUAUUCACGCCGUUCAGUCUUUUGUUUCCCCAGGUAGGGCCGGAUCCUUUGAGGUGCUGUGCACCAAGCCUCCCGAAAAGUCAUGGGGAGGUGUGAGUAUUAAGUACUUCAGGUCUGAGCUACAAAGCCUCUUGCUGCCAACAGGGAUCUCAUUGAUGACAGUGGGAUUUAGCUUGGGCCCUACGCGAUCAAGCGUUCACAUCGUUACUUUUGGUUGGUGAGUUCGCGUCCUUCAGGUAGUUUUGAAGAAGCUGUACUGAUAGGGAGAAAAGGAAAUAAAAGUUCUGGAUUAGAAAUGCAGUACCUAAAGUGAACAAACUUAUUUAAAAUCUCAUUUUCCCUCUCCCCUAAAAUACAGUGCUUUUAUUUAAGAAAAGAAAUGUUAACCCCAAACCCCAGCUUUGACUCUGUUAUUUGUUACUUGAAAUUUAGCUCACACCAGAACUAAUUGUUUUUAUACCAUAUUCUGGGGUGCACCAAAAAGUUUAAAUACGUUUAAAAUAGCUUGAAACUUUUCUUGAAUUUCCUUGAAUUUUAUUAACCUCUCAGCGGGCUACCAAAUAGCUGAGUGGGUUUCUUCUCACAGUCACACUGCUUAGUUAGUGCUUAUUUGUUAAUAUUUCUGCUCAGAGAAGUUGCUUAAUCUUCCAUAUACUCUGCUCAGGGCACUUGCAAUUUAUUGUUUUGUUUUGUUUCCUGUUUUGUUUUUAAGCUUUGAUGGUAAAGGAAUAGAAAGAAUUACAGAUUUUAGUUUGCAUUCGUACCACUAUUUCCGUAAUUCACACGUGCUCGGAAAAAAAAAUCUCAAAGAGAACCAUACGCAUUCACAUUCGUGGUUAAUAAGGAAGCAGGGGCUAUUAAACUGACUGGAUCUAUUCAACUAACACUAAAAAAAAAUAAAAAAUAAUAAUAAUAAAAAAAUAAGUUUGGAGCAAUAGGAAUGUAUUAGUUCUGUGCUUGUAUUUCAGACUGAGGAAUUCUGAAAUAACUGGUUCUUUCCCAACAAUCGUCCCUUUCCAUGCUUUGGCUUUCGUAGGAUGUGCAAUACUUUACGUGCCAACGUAGACUCACCCGUGCGGUGUUAGCUAGAUCUCAUACCCUCUUCUGGUUUCCCCUUUUUGUUCUCUUUGAAUAGUUUCUUUUUUCCUUCCUUCCUUCCUUUUUUUCCUAUUAAUAACCCUCUCCCCCCCAAAAUAAAAAAGAAACGUAUCGAGGGUGAGGCGUUCCUUGGCCCGGGAAACACCAGCCCUUUUUGUAUUCAGUGAGCGUGGUGCGUGAAGCAAAGGCCUGGCUCGGCCUUGCGUGUUCGAGAAGCACGACCCUGGCCUCCGCGCUGUAAAAAACAAUAAAAAUUUAGAUCCAGGAAGAUAAAAAGCGCCUAAUCCAAGCUUCCCCCCGCCACCACCACCACCAAGAGAGGAGUUUCGGGGUUCAUUAUGUCUCCAAGGGGGGGAUUUUGCCAAUGUGAGCCCUCUUCCCCGCGGGGCCACGUGCGGCCGUGGGGCCGCUCGUUGUUCGCUCCGUGCCCGCCCGACGGGGCCGAGCCGCAUCUGGGCGUCCACGCGUGGCCUGGUCCGGCUCCCUUUUCACUUGUUUACUUUUGGUCUAUUUUUUUUUUUUUUUCUUUCCUUUUUCUUUUUUUUUUUUUUUCUUUUUUCUUCCUUUUUGUAGCAGGCCUGUUUAGUUUACAAUGAAAUGCAUACAAUCACCAAGAAAUUAGUCAGGGCGAAGAAAAUAAAACGAGAACCUCUUUAUAGGGAUUUCUAAAAAUACCUAUCUAUCUGUCUAUCUAUCUAUCUAAUCUAUCUAUAUAUCUAUAUAUAUAAAAUGACUGUUCCUUAUAGUGUUUAACUUAGGCAUUGUUUCAGUUUGUCUGGGCCACAUCAAGGGGAAUUUGAGUUUGAUGUCACUUACCUCAAGUCCUGCAGUUGAAACCCAAAUUGGAGUUGCUGUUGACCUACUUUUGGAUUUUGUACGUUGCUGUUGGGAUUUUUUUCCCCCGACAAACCAGACCUCGGGGGGGGGGGGGGGGUAGGAUGUUCCUCUGAUUCCUUCAAUUCCUUCGUCCCGCUGUCGCUUUGUUCGACCUGUCGUUCCGUCAUUUUCUCGGCGUGGGGAAGUGACAUCACUACUCUCGUUUCCCUAAAUCAAGGAACAUUUAGAAACUUUUCACACCUUUUACUCAGGGAUGGGGCUGGCAUAUGUGUGGUACACUGAUGUGACCAGAAGCAGCACUUUUACUGCUCUGGAGUAGGGAUGUACAAUGUUACAGACGAGUUUGGAUUUCCUGCAUCUCAUGGUUUAACUCUGUAGAUAUCACAUAGAUUGCAAUA